CGGGCAGACACAAAAUGCAAGACUUUUCGGACAACGAGAGCUCCCGCCGAGAUGCGAGGACGUUCAAGUCUUUGGGCAAGAUGAGCGAUGAAAAUGCAUAUGCCUUUUCAAUAGAUGGCGACAACGCCGCCUCUUCUCGGCGUGGGGUGCAGCUGACGUGUCGUAUCGUGAGCCACACAAUCGACAAGCAGGAAACACGCAAGUUUCGACGAUCCAUCCACACCCGCCCGUACUUCGUCACUUUCAUCAUGCACGUCACAGAUGCGGAUGAUGUGAGUACAGUCAAGCGAACGUACCUGCAAUUCAAGUCCUUCCACAAGCAGCUGUGCAACAAAUACCCCCGAGCCAAUAUUCUCCCUCUUCCUUCCAUGAAACUCAAUCGAUAUGACAGUCGUUACAUCGAGCAAAAGUACAAGGAACUGGAACGAUACGUCGAACACUUGUUUGCACUCGACACGAUUGCUUCAUGCGACUUGCUUCGAGCUUUUCUCGACGACUGCCCCCUCUCGGAUGGCACCGACGAUGACGAGAAUGACCAUGACGAUGUCAACGAAAUCCGUGAAUCCACCACAGUGCUCAUCCAACGAGGGCAAUCGUACUCAAUCAGCGUUGAAAUUCCUUGCGCUGGCGCAGACGUAGCGUUCCAGUUCUCAGCCCACAAGUACGACGUUGGGUUCACGAUCAUUCUCAACCACGACCACGUCCUGCAUAUGUACUCCCGUGAACAAACUUUAAGAGGCACGGUAACAUGCCCUUCCAGUGGCGUGUGUGUCCUCACGUGGGACAACUCGUACGUGUGGCGCCGUUCCAAAACGAUUACUUACCGCGCUGAUGUCAUUUUGCCGUUCAACCACGCAUCUGCAAAUGGAUCCUCCACCGAUCCAGUCGAACAAUCGACGGCGGCUUUGCCACCACCCACGGGGUACAUUGAGCAAGUGCGAAGCCAUUCCAUGAUCAUAUCUCCGAGACGCCUCGUGAGCCGCUCCAUGACAAAAAUCGGGUGGGCGAAUGGAAGUGGGGCGUAUUGCAUUAAAGCUGGUGCCUUGAUUGUUCAGCGGCGGCAUACUCUGAUCAAAGCAGGGUUUACGUCGACGUACAAGUGGUAUCGCAAGUGGUUCACGCUCGAUGGUGCCCAUGGUAUUUUGCGGUAUUACGACAAGGAAGAAGCUGUGGCCAGGGAGGGUGCGAUUGCCAAGCUGCGCGUAUCGUCGGCCAAAACCACGCUUGACGUGCCGCCAGAACACAACAGCCCUACUCCGUAUGCUUUUCGCAUCUCAUCUGGCAAAAUUACAUGGUCGUUGUGCGCUGAAAAUGAAGAGGAAUUUGUAGCAUGGAGGGCAGCAUUGGCCACUUGCAUGUACUUUGAGCGUUGGAACCAAACUAGCAUGAACCACGAGGCCGAAUGUGUGACCCAACUGCCUCUUUCGCCUUCGUCCGACGAAGACUUGAGUGACGACGACGACGAAUGCGAAUGCGACGAUGACGACGAGUUGAGUCCAUUGCCGCAUGAUCACGAUCGUCCCUCGAGUCCUGACGAGUCGCCGGCACCCCGAUCCUGUCCAACCUGUCAACGCUCACCGCAAUCCAUGCCCACGUCGACGACGACAGAAGAUGAUUCACCAUCGUCGCCUCUUUUUCCAACAAAGUAUGACGGCGGUGAUGGCCUUUCCAAGCAACACUUGAUGCAAUUCGUCACAUUGAAUGGUACGAUGGCCAUGGUGGUGCUAGCACCUUCCGUGGUGAUCUGGACCUUUCUCGUGAUUGUCAACACUGUCGUGAUGUGUCGAAUUAUCAACCUGUAGCCACAAUGUGUCGCUUUACAAGAAUUGUCAGCGACCUACCACACCCCAACUUCGAUCUUUUCGGGGAGGGUAAUUGGUACAUGUUCUGUUUUAUUCUGUCCUGUUGGCGUUGACGUGUCAGUGUUGGCCUGGCGCUCCAUCGUCAUGGCUCUCGACCACCAAGGGAGUAGAGACAAAUAGUGGAGCGGUCGAAGGAGUUAG